AUGAAGCCAACAGUAGCUUCCUUCCUCCUCCUCCUCCUAGUGGCCGCCCUGACCUCAACACGACUACCCAUCUCACUAGCAGCAGCUUCAUCGUCAACGUCGUCGUCUCCCAUCCCUGUCACCGACGUGGAUGGCGCCACUGUUCGCUCCGGCCUCAACUACUUCAUCCUCCCAUCCGUCUCUGGACAUGGAGGAGGUGUGGCCCUGGACCGAACCAAGACCAAGAAAUGCCCACUUUCAGUGUUCCAAGACAACUACGACCUCUCCAAGGGGCUUCCCGUCGUGUUCCUUCCUCUCAACGCCAAGCCAGGCUACACCGUCCGCACGAGCAUCGACCUCAACAUCGAGUUCACGACGGAGACAGCCUGUGACGAAGCUGCGGUGUGGAAGGUGGAGGGCUACGACCAUGACCUGGGCCAGAUCAGGUUCGUCGGGACGGGUGGGAUCGAAGGGAAGCCCGGUCCUAGGACGGUCGACAACUGGUUCAAGAUCGUCAAGUAUGGAGGGAACUACAAGCUCGUCUAUUGCCCUUCUGUGUGCAAGCAAUGCAAAGUCGAGUGUAAGGACGUGGGAGUUUUCGAGGACGAGUACGGGAAGAAGAGGCUUGCUCUUAGUGACGAGCCUUUGGUGGUGAAGUUCUUGAAGGCUACCAAUUGA